GUAACACUGCCUUUCCCUUCAACCACGUGCUGCAAUUUGGUGGUAAUGUCCAAAGCGUGCUCAAAUUUUUUGUCGAAAUUCAUGUAACGAAAUGUCGGAAACUUCAGAGGACGAGCAGGCGCAGCUGCAAACCAGCGAUGAAGAAGAGGAGCUAAGUGGUGAGGAGGAGCCAGAAGAUGGAUCGGAACCAGAAGAUAACGAAGAUGAGAAUGAGGUGGCAUCAAGUGGUGAUGAGAACGAACCCAGUGCCUCCGAGGCAGAUGGCGACGCAGCUGAGGAUGAGAAGCUAACGUGGAAGGAUCUCGGUCUUAAUGAGACUUUGUGUCAAGCGUGCGAAGAACUAAAAUGGAAGGCGCCAUCAAAAAUUCAGCGCGAAGCCAUUCCGGUGGCGCUUCAGGGAAAGGAUGUGAUUGGCCUAGCGGAGACAGGUUCCGGCAAAACUGGAGCCUUUGCACUGCCAAUUUUGCACGCCCUUCUCGAGAAUCCCCAGCGAUAUUUCGCUCUAGUGCUAACGCCCACGAGGGAACUGGCCUUCCAAAUCGGCGAGCAGUUUGAGGCACUUGGCAGCAGCAUUGGCAUAAAGUGCUGUGUGGUCGUCGGAGGCAUGGAUAUGGUUGCCCAGGGCCUGCAGCUGGCCAAGAAACCGCACAUCAUUAUUGCCACACCUGGCCGUCUGGUUGAUCAUUUAGAGAAUAUGAAAGGCUUCAACCUAAAAGCCAUUAAGUACCUGGUCAUGGACGAGGCUGAUCGUAUCCUUAACAUGGACUUUGAAGUAGAGCUGGACAAGAUCCUUAAGGUGUUACCACGAGAACGGCGAACUUUCUUGUUCAGUGCUACUAUGACCAAGAAGGUGAAAAAACUGCAGCGCGCAUCGCUCAAGGAUCCGGUUAAGGUUGAGGUGUCUAACAAGUACCAGACGGUUGAACAGCUGCAACAGUCAUAUCUGUUUAUUCCCGUUAAAUACAAAGAUGUUUACCUGGUACAUAUUCUCAACGAACUGGCGGGCAACAGCUUCAUGAUUUUCUGCAGCACCUGUAAUAACACGGUCAAAACAGCCCUGAUGCUUCGGGCCUUGGGAUUGGCUGCUAUUCCCUUGCAUGGCCAAAUGUCGCAGAACAAGCGACUGGCUGCUUUGAACAAAUUCAAGGCGAAGAAUCGUUCGAUUCUCAUAUCCACGGACGUGGCCUCACGCGGAUUAGAUAUCCCCCAUGUGGAUGUUGUGGUAAACUUUGAUAUACCCACGCACAGUAAAGAUUACAUCCACCGUGUGGGAAGAACAGCAAGAGCUGGUCGUUCCGGCAAAGCCAUCACCCUGGUUAGCCAGUAUGAUAUUGAGUUGUACCAGCGCAUUGAGCACCUCUUGGGCAAACAACUACCACUGUACAAGUGCGAAGAAGACGAGGUAAUGGCCCUACAAGAGCGAGUGGCUGAGGCUCAGCGCACCGCCAAGCUGGAGCUGAAAGAUCUGGAGGAUACCAAGGGUGGCAGGGGCCACAAGCGGGGAGGGGACAAUCUCGACGAUUCUGAGCACUUUACGGGCGCCCGCAAACGAAUGAAGCCUAUGGGUGGCGGUGGUGGUGCUAGCAGAGGAGGCGGGGGCGGUGGAAAGAAGGGCUUCGGCAAGAAAAACUGGAGCAAAGGCAAACAGAAGAGAUAGUUCUGAUUUGCAUUAUAGUUAAGUCUCGAUUUUAAUUAGUACUACUUUAAUCUUUAAAAAUAAAAAUAAAACGAUUAUUAAAAAGA